UAAUUCAAACAAACAGGGUUAGAUAUUGGAGUAGAGGCAAGAUGUAGAUGCAUUUUUAAGAUCAAAAAGGAGAUUGUUAGAGACACAUGAAACACAGCUGAGCCUGGAGGCAGGGGACUUCUGUGGGGCGGGGGUUUCUGCGGGAAAGUCUGAGUGGCUCUGUCACAGGAGAGGAGGGAGGGGCUCCGGAAAGUCCUGUGUCUGGGAAUUGGGGCCAGUGUGGAAGCCAGCCUGUUUCCCAGAGUGCCCUGGUCCACCUGGCCCCAGAGACGGCGAGAAGGGGAGAGAGAGAGAGAGCGUGUGUGUAUGCGCACGCAGGGUGGUGUGUCUGUGGGUGUGCUGGGGGUUGGUGGUGGAGGGGGAGGAGGACCAGGAAGCAGAGCCACUGUACAGGGCUGUGCAGCCUGUGGCAGACGGCCUCACACACACAAAGGCACACAGAUGCGAGCCGUGUGAAUCACCCAGCCAGUGAGUCAGCCCCCAGGAUUCCUGUCGGGGGAAUGAGCAAGGCCCGGCUGAGGCUGUGUGUGAUCAGACCCCAGAGUGCCCCCUGCCCCGCCAUGACUGGGCCACUGAAGAGGAAGUUUGACCAGCUGGAUGAGGACUCCUCCUCGCUCUGCUCCUCCUCCUCCUCGUCCUCCUCGGGCCGUCCUUCUCGGUCCUGCUCUCCAAGCUCUUCAGCCUCCCCAGCCCGGGACUCCGAUGAGGAGGGCCCCUGGGAUCAGUUGCCCUUGCCUGACCGGGACUUCUCUGGCCCCCGGAGUUUCACCCCCCUGUCCAUCCUGAAGCGGGCUCCCCGGAAGCGGCCAGGCCGCGUUGCCUUCGAUGGCAUCACCGUCUUCUACUUUCCACGGUGCCAGGGCUUCACCAGCGUGCCCAGCCGUGGUGGCUGCACUCUGGGUAUGGCCCCUCGCCACAGCGCCUGCCGCCGCUUCUCCCUGGCUGAGUUCACCCAGGAGCAAGCCCGGGCACGGCGUGAGAAGCUGCGCCUACGCUUGAAGGAGGAGAAGCUGGAGGCGCUACGGUGGAAGCUUGCAGAGACCGGGGUACCACUCACAGUGGACACCAUUGAUGACGCCUCCGUGGAAGAGGACUUGGCUGUGGCCGUGGCCGGCGGCCAGUUGGAGGAGAUGACCUUCCUACAGCCCUACCCGGCCCGGCGACGGCGGGCUCUGCUGCGGGCUGCCGGCGUGCGGAGGAUCGAUCGUGAGGAGAAGCGGGAGCUGCAGGCUCUGCGCCAGUCCCGGGAGGACUGUGGCUGUCGCUGUGAUCGGGUCUGUGACCCCGAGACCUGCAGCUGCAGUCUGGCGGGCAUCAAGUGCCAGAUGGACCACACCGCGUUCCCCUGCGGCUGCUGCAGGGAGGGCUGCGAGAACCCCAAGGGCCGUGUGGAAUUUAAUCAGGCCCGCGUGCAGACCCAUUUCCUCCACACGCUCACCCGCCUGCAGCUGGAGCAGGGGGCUGAGAGCCUGGGGGAGCUGGAGGCCCCGGGCCAGGGUGGCCCAGCCAGCCCCGGUGAGCAGGUCCUGGCCCCCGCUUUCCCACUGGCCAAGCCCCCCGGGAGCAGUGAGCUGGGAGACAACAGCUGUAGCAGCGACAUGACUGACUCCUCCACAGCUUCGGGCACGAGCGAGGCCCUGGGCAGCACCGCCCACCCAGCCCUGCCUGGCCCUGGCUUCCAGCCCGACGUGGACGACGACAGCCUGGCCCGGGUCCUGAGUCUCAGUGACUCGGACCUGGGCGGGGAGGAGGAGGAGGAGGAGGAGGACGGGGGGGUGGGGAACCUCGACAACCUCAGCUGCUUCCACCCAGCUGACAUCUUUGGGACUGGUGACCCUGGUGGCCUGGCCAGCUGGACCCACGGCCAUUCCAGCUCUAGCCUCGCGUCGGGCAUCCUGGACGAAAACGCCAACCUGGAUGCCAGCUUCUUCCUCAACAGUGGCCUCGAAGGGCUGGGAGAAGGCAGCCUCCCCGGCACCUCAGUGCCGCCUAGCUCGGACGCUGGCCAGAGCAACUCUGUGGACCUCAGCUUGUCUUCCUGCGACUCCUUCGAGCUGCUCCAGGCCCUGCCGGACUAUAGCCUCGGGCCUCACUACACCUCCCGGACGGCGUCGGACGGCCUGGACAAUCUCGAGGCCCCCUCCUUCCCCUGGCCUGCCUUUUCUCCCCCGGGGGACGCUGGCGCUUGCUUCCUGGAGCCUGUCGUGGGCCUGCCGGACCCCGCUGCUGAGGCCCUGGCCCCCUUCAUAGACAGCCAGUUGUUUGAGGACACUGCCCCAGCGCCCCUGGUGGAGCCGGUGCCGGUGUGAUGACUAGGGUACCUUUUCACGGCCCCGAGAGCCCUGUUGCUGCUUUGUUGUAAUUUGGGGGCUCCCUGAGGUCUGUAUGUUAAGGGUUUCCCGUUGGCUGGCUCAUCCAUGCGGGCGCUCCUGAUUUUUGUGCAACACUCUGGAUUGAUUUAUUUAUUUUUGUAACUUUUCUGUGCUGAAGAGAGGGUGGGGAGGGGGCUUUCCCUUUUGGCCCCCCGGCCCCCCUCCCCCCACCCCCCAAAGCUCACACAGUCUCUCCUUCCACUUCCAUGGUGUGUGCCCAGAACAGGAGGAAACAGGGCUCCCCUGGAGCUUUGCAGACCCCUUUUCGGUCUCAUAUGUUCCUCAGCCCGAACAAGACGGGGCUGAAAUCAGCCACUUCUAAUGGCUUCUCCUGCCACCCUGAGCCCCAGACCCAUGGGUGGCUGUGUUUUCUGGACUGUGAAGACUAUAAUUUAUUUCCAUAAUUUAUUCGGAGACUAGGAGGCGUAGGCUUCUCCCCGCUGGCUGGUGGGCAGUGCUGGGAUUGGGGCGGGGCACAGACCCCGUGAGCCCCUUUUGCCUUGUAGUCCAACCCUGCCCUACCUGGGCUUUGGUACAAACCAGGUGUGGAUUGGGGCCCUUCGGCCCUCUUGUGGCAGCUGCCUGGCUCCUGGCGGGUGGCUGAGGACAGCGUCUAGGUAGGGGGCUGGGCCGACCGACCAUGACCAAAGCCUGCCUCUGCCCCACACAGCCCCCUCUGCGUCCUGCCCUCUGCCGGCCCAUCUUCCUCCCCAAAGGCCACAGCCUUUAUUCUGGGCCCACUGAUGUCGAAGGGAAGCAGGAGAGAGGACCCAGAGAGGGCAAGGGGCUAGCCUUGGGGCCCACAGCACGCCCCUGACUACUGUCUCAGGGCUUUCUGGGCACAGCAUGCCCCAGUCUGGGCCACCUGCCCAUGCCCUGAGGCCAGUUGGCUGGGGUGAGGGGUGGCCCCUGUGGCUUUUAUGCCCUACGUUUGCUGAUGCUGAGUUUUGCAUCCUAAUUUCUGUAUCGUCCUUGAGUGUUAGAACUAUAAUUUAUUCAUUUUUCUCUAUGUCUGUGCCAAGAAGCCCAGGCUCUGGGCCUGCCUUCUUGCCCAGGAGGCCUUGCCAGCCUGCGUGCUUGUGGGAACACCUUGUACCUGAGCUUACAGGUACCAAUAAAGAGGCUCUAUUUUUAA